AGGCCAAAAACAAAAACCAAGAAAAAUUGAGAGAGUCAUAAUAAUGUCUCAUUAUCUUAAACAUCAAAAUCAUCCCCAUCGAUUGAAACAAAUUGAUGAUAUAGGAAAUAGGUACGAAAGAGCUCAACUCUACUGCAGCCUAUGUGGGCUUAUGAUUCAUCGCAACAUUAUAUGCUAUGUUUGCUCAACAUGGUGUGUCUAUUCCCUCCAUAAAUCAUGUGCUGAGUUGCCGCAAUACGUUGAUCAUGGGCUGCAUCCUCACCAUGGUCGUCUAAUGCUUGGUAAAAGAUCAUCAGACCACACAACUACAUGUUAUUACUGUGACACUUCUUUUCAAACCCAACAAACUCUUGCUUACAAAUGCACUCAAUGCUCUCUCCACAUGCAUACUACAUGCGCUCUGAUUCCUACGACGAUAAAGACAACAAUGUUCGAUAUUUCUGCCAUCAGCGUCCGAUGAAUCUAGUUCAUGAACAUGAUGAUUCCAAAAAUCAUGCUAAGUGUUUUGUGUGUCAAUCAGUAUUUUCGAAUUCAUCAUCAGCCGCCUAUUCUUGCUCCUCGCCAUAUUGUAAGAAUUUUCUUCAUUACUCUUGUGCAAAUUUUCAAUCCAAAAUUAAUCAACAUCCUUCUCAUCAUUCACACCAUCCUCUCAUACUUCAAUUCAGUAAGCCUCGAUCUUGCAAUUUAUGUUGUAAGAAAAAUCGUAGGCUUAUUUUCAGAUGUGAUCGUGGGUGUAAUUUUAAUUUGUGCACAAAUUGUGUUGUUCUUAAUAGAAUGAUAAGAUGUCAAAGUCAUUAUCAUUUAUUAUGCUUUGUGGAGAAAGCAUCUUAUGAAGGUGUUUGUCAUGCUUGUCAAAAAUCGUAUACACAAUGGAGUGGUCAUCAUCAUCUUAUUCCUAACGAAAUUAAUCAAACAAAAUCCUUCUUAUUUCGUUGCAUGGAAUGUAAUUUUAACCUCCAUUUUAUAUGUGGUCCCUUGCCAUUUAUUAUUAAAUACGAUUAUCAUAUACAUGCUUUGACUCUUGUUGAUCAUUUAAGUGAUGAAGAUCAUUAUGAUGAAUUAUAUUGUGAUGUAUGUGAACAACCAAGGCAUCCAUUCUUUCGUGUUUACUACUGUAAAGAAUGCAACUACACUGCUCAUAUUCAUUGCCUAUUUGAUGAGAUAAUGAAGGUGAUAAAAAGGGAUAGUAAUGAUGACGUGAAGUUAAUGGCCUUUGGAGAGACUAAAUGGACUGAACAAAUUGACACAAAAAAUGCAAGCGAACAAACCCUCGAAGAGUUUCUGAGCGAAACCCUAACUAAUCAAGACAAGAAAAUACUGAAUAGUCCCUUUGCCUAUCAUCUUUCAUCACAUGACAAGACUCUUGUAGAUGCACGACAUAGCUUUUACGAGCGAAAUACUUCUCCUCUAUUCGAUCAUCAAUUGCGAUUAAUUGAAAAUAUUUACCAAGUGUGUCGUUUUCCUUCUUUUAGCUCAGGCGAUUUUCAGAACUUUUGGAGGAAGCUUCAAUAUUAUCGGCCUAAAGAAGGGUUGAAAGUUGAUGAAGAGUACUUAAGACAAAAGAUUGUAGAUAUCAAUGGUUACAAGGUACCAAUUACAUUAGCCCAUAUCUUAAACACUUUGUUCCACCAAUAUGGAGAGUCUCAUCUAUUUGGUAAAUGGGUCUCAAAACAAACAACUGGAGUAAAGAGUGUAUUGGCUACAACAUUGUGUGUUGUUUGUGACCAAAUAUGUAGGACUAAGAUUGAGGAUGUGACAGCAAUUUCUCUUAAAAAUUGGUAUUUUUACCUUAAUGCUAUUACAGGAACAACAUUCACAAAUCAGAUGUGUCCUAGUAGUUUCAUCAACAAAGUUGUUAAGAGAUUUUUUUGGUUUGAAGCAAUUAGAUAUGAAAAGGAGGUUGAUGAGAAACUAGAGUUGAAGAUAAAAGACUUGGAAGCUGAAUUAGAGAAAUACAAAAAGACACAUGACACAUUCAAAGUACAAAUGUCUAAGAGUUUGGAGAAAGUUGAAGAUCGUAUAAGUGAUGCCUUGAGAUUGAAAGGAAAGAAUGUUGAUGAAAUAAUUAGUGUUUCUCAACUUCUAGAGACUGACUACUACUAUAAUAUAUAGAUUAAUUUCGUUGAUUUCUUAGCUCUAUUUAUGUAAUACUUGAUGUUUGUAUUUUUUGGGGUGGACAUUUAAGAAGCAAAACAUUAUUCCUA